UAUUUUUCUUUCUUAUUUCAGAACUCCCCAAAGUGGAAGUGACUGUAGUAACUCCUAAAUAUUUAUAUAAACUACAGAAAGGUAACUUGAUCGGCACAGUACUCAGUGUUACUGUUAAAGCCCAGUACACUCAAGGUAAACCUGUGUCAGGAACAGCAAAAUUAUAUAUAAACGAACACUGUUUGAAAAAGAAAUCUUUCUCUCAAAAGAUCACAAAAGAGACCACAUUCAAAAUUAACCUGGAUGAAGUUACUUCCAAAUCAUGUUAUUAUUUCAAGAUCAAUGCUUCUGUUGAAAAUGACUUGGAUGGGAAAGUUUACUAUGCUGACUUAGGGACCACCUCUGUCACUUCUUUUCCAAUUCACAUAAUCCAGCACUUUAGGGAAAAUAUGUUUGAACCGAAUGUGACGUCAGUAUUUAAGGUGACUGUGAAACGUGCAGAUGGACAGCCUCUGACUGAAGAAGACAGAAAGAACCCUUUGAAAAUUUCCAUUAGUAUUGAAGGCUUUAGUUAUAGUAAAUCUUCUACGAUCCCUGAAAAUGGCAUUGUUGAAUUUUCUUUAACUCCACCAAAUGUUAAAAGUUUGCCAGUAAAGUUUGUCUACAGCGGUGAAUAUCAGUCACAGAAGUACGAGAUAAAAGAGGAAAUCAUAUUAACACAUGUAACAAACUAUGGAUCAAUGUCCCUGAUCAGAAAAGAUGAUGAGACCAGUAAACCGGAAUUCUUGGUGAUUUUUCCUGCGCCAGUAACCAAAUUUUUCUACACUGUUGUGAGCCGUUCCAAAGUCUUCAUCUCAAAACAUGUCGAACAGAAUGCAGCAAAAAGUGCUACAAUUUCGUUUGAUACCGAGGGAAUGUUUUUAAAAGCCGACGUAGUGGCUGGUUAUGAUGAUAGUUAUGGAGCACUUCUGACUGAAUCAGCUACGGUUGAUGUGAAAAGACCUACAAGUGUAUCACUCAAUGCUAAAUUUAAAGAAUCUACUGUGAAACCAGGCCAAGAAGCAGAACUAAUAAUCCAAAGUAACCCCAAUACAACUGCCUUUGUCACUGCUGUUGACAAGAGUGUCUUGUUACUCUCCAAGAAAACGGAUCAGAUCUUUGAAAUAGUAAGUUGUCUUUCAAACUUUUUGAUGCCAUAUCUAUGACACGACUACUCUGUU